UGAUCUUGCUGAUAGCGGCAGUCACUGCAGUUGAUUGCUUCAGCGUAUUUCAUUCACCUUUCCUGAGAUCCUCUCCCACCCAGUCUUGGAGUACCCGAGCAACAGUUGCCCCGCAUAGAAGAAACUCUGUCAAGAUGGCAUACAACCUCCAGCAUCCCAAGAUAGCCGAUGACAUUACCCAGCUGAUCGGCAGAACUCCUCUCCUCAAGCUCAACAAGGUCACCGAAGGCUGCCAUGCUGAAGUCAUCGCGAAGCUCGAGAGCAUGGAGCCCUGCAGCUCCGUCAAGGAUCGUAUCGGGCUCUCCAUGAUCAACGAGGCCGAGAAACGCGGAGAGAUCACUCCCGGCAAGACCGUCAUCGUCGAGCCCACCUCAGGAAACACCGGCAUCGGGUUGGCUAUGGUGGCGGCUGCUAAGGGCUACGAUAUCACUCUUGUGAUGCCCGAGACCAUGUCGCUCGAGAGGCGCGUCAUGUUCAAGGCCCUCGGGGCCAAGCUCGUCCUCACACCCGGCCCUCUUGCAAUGAAGGGAGCGAUCAAGAAGGCCGAAGACAUCCUUGCCUCCCUCGGAGAGAACGCCUGGAUGCCGCAGCAGUUCAACAACCCUGACAACAUUAAGGUUCACAUGGAGACCACGGGACCUGAGAUCUGGGAACAGACUGAUGGCAAGAUGGACGUAAUUCUUGGUGGAGUUGGCACUGGUGGAACGAUUACGGGCAGCUCCCGCUUUCUCAAGUCCAAGAACAAGAAUAUCAAGACCAUCGCUGUCGAGCCUGCGGAGUCUCCAGUCAUGUCGGGUGGCAAGCCUGGGCCUCACAAGAUCCAGGGCAUCGGCGCUGGCUUCAUCCCCAACAACUGCGAUAUGGACAUCGUCGACGAGGUCGUUCAGGUCCCUUCCACCGAUGCCAUGGCCAUGGCCCGUCGCCUUGCUACUGAGGAGGGCGUCCUGGUGGGCAUCUCGUCGGGUGCUGCCGUUCAUGCUGCAUGCGAGGUGGCGAAGCGACCGGACAUGAAGGGGAAGAGAAUCAUCGUCAUCAUCCCCUCGUUUGGCGAGCGAUACCUCUCCACCGCACUCUUCUCCGAACUGCUUGAGGAGGCCAAGUCGCAGGCGACAGAGGAAGUGAACUUGUAAGGAGAAGGCGAGACAUAAGAAGUUUUCCUUCU